AUGAAAUCUUCAGGAAUCUUCUUCAUGCUAGCAAUGCCGUUGCUUACGCUAGCAAGCUCUGUCCCAUUUGAGCGUCUUAACACCACCGACGCUGUCCUUCUGAUCCUCGACUUGCAAGUCGGCCUCUAUGGAAUCGCCCGCGACUGGGACCCGACGCUGUACCGCGACAAUCUCAUCGCGCACGCAGCCAUCGGAAAGCUCUUCGAUCUCCCCGUUGUUAUGACCACGUCUGCUCAGACUGGUCCCAAUGGGCCUCUUCCCAAAGAGAUCCUCGAAAUGUACCCGGAUGCCCCGAUCAUCCAGCGCCAGGGUGAAGUCGACGCUUGGGACAACGCCGAAUUUCGGGAUGCCAUCAAGGCGACAGGCAGGAGCCAAAUAAUUGUCGCAGGCAUCACGACUGACGUCUGCACCGCCUUUCUCGCUCUGUCUCUCCGCGCUGAGGGCUACAGCGUUUGGGCCAAUAUCGAAGCCUCGGGAACGACUACGCCGCUUAUCCGUGACGUCUCGAACGACCGCAUGCGCGACGCCGGCGUCCAUCUCGUCUCGCUCUUCGCUAUUGUGUGCGACCUUAUGCGCGACUGGCGCAACACUCCCGGUGCUAAAGAGGUCUUGCCGUGGCUCGAUAGAUAUUACCCGGCCUACGGUUUCGUUGCCCGCGGCCAUGCUGCUGCUAUCCAGAAUGGUACUAUCAUUGAUGGUGAGGCCGGCCUGAUUUGA